CCCCCUGCUCCUGCACCCCACUUACCCCAUUUCCAUAGCGUGGGGAGGGACAUGACAGGGUCCAGGCAGGUCUCAGCAAGCUGAUCUAAGUAACAAGGCCGUGUGCUUAGAGGGAGGUCAGCUACUUAAAGGGGAAACGUGCCUCUCAGGCCGUGGGGCACUUUGAAGUGUGGGUGGUCGCUCUCUCCCAGCCCUGCAGGCCCUCCACCUCCCCAGGGGGAUUGGCCCCAGCCCUGAGGCACUGGUUAGGCUGGUGCUUUGCUGCGCUAGGGGGUUCACCCCGAGCGAGAAAGGUGCAGCGCUGUAAAGCACCAGUGUCGCACUAUAGAUAUAGUCUUUUGUCGGGUUCCAGGGAAAUUCUUUUCACCAAACCCCCCCAUUUACAUUAAUUCUUAUGUGGAAAUUGGAUUCGCUUAACAUCGUUUCACUUAAUCACAUUUUUCAGGAACAGAACUCUGUGAAGUGAGGAGUGUCUGUCCUCAGCUGCAGCCCGCUGGUCCCUCGGGACUGAGACAGGCCAGCUCCUCUCACCUGCAGUGGCCCGGGUGGGGGGAACAUGAUGCAGGGAGCUGGCCAUGGCAGCUGCACUGGCUGGGCCCCUCCAGCUGCAGCAAGCAGGGGAAGAGACCUGCCACCCUGCGUGAUGGCUGUUGCAGGGCCUGCGGCCUUCAACACCUUCCAGGAGCACAUGUGGCCAGUGCUGAUGGUGGAGUUCUUCCUGGCCUUUGGCGGCAACGCCUUCGCCAUCUACCGCUUCGUGGCGCACGAGCGCACCUGGCACACGGGCAUUGUGUACUCCUUCAACCUGGCCGUCAGCGACCUGCUCUACGCCCUCUCCCUGCCCUUCCUGGCCGCCUACUACUACCCGCCCAAGCACUGGCGCUAUGGCCUGGCCCUCUGCAAGCUCGAGCGCUUCCUCUUCAGCUGCAACCUGUAUGGCAGCAUCUUCUUCCUCACCUGCAUCAGCCUGAACCGCUACCUGGGCAUCGUGCACCCGCUGCUGGUGCACGGGCGGCUGGAGCCGCGCCACGCCAAGCUGCUGAGUGGCGCCGCCUGGCUGCUGGUGGCUGGCCUCUCCGCCCCCACCCUGCACUUCUCGGCGCUGCAGCCCCGGGGAAACUGGACCGAGUGCCUGGGCAGCGCCACAGACGAGCAGCUGCCCCAGUACCUGCCCUACAGCCUCUUCCUGGCGGCCGUCGGCUGCGGGUUGCCCUUCCUGCUCACGCUCCUCUCCUAUGGCGCCAUCCUCCGCACCGUCUGCCGCAACCCCCACAUCACACGGCUGGAGAAGCGCAAGGUGGGGAGGCUGGUGAGCGUGGGGGUGGCCCUGUACGCUGUCUCCUACCUGCCCUACCACGCCCUGCGCAACCUCAACCUGCCCCUGCGCCAGCGGUGUCUGCAGCACGGGGACCUGAACUGCCAGCACGCGCUGCCCGUCCACUCCACCUACCAGCUCAGCAAGGUCCUGGUCACCCUCAACAUCUGCGCCCACCCGCUGCUCUACAGCGCCCUGGCCGACAGCAUGCGGGGCUGGUGCCGGGCCCCCCGCGGGCAGGACAGGGGCCAGCCCGCCGAGAACAUGGUGCUCCAGGCCCAGGGCUGACCCAGCCUCCCCCCCACCCCCUUUGUGCUGCUGGCACGUGGGACUGGGCCAGACCAUGCAGGGGGUAACAGCAGCUGCUCCAGCUGCCUGACCCAACCUGCCCCAAACUCGGGGGGGGGGGGGGGAAGCUCCUCCCUCCUCAGCUAGAACCAACCCCCCUCACACCCCAGCAAGGGCUGCUUGUGAGACCCCUCCCCCAUUACCGCAGCAGGGGCCUGGCUCCUGCAAGACCAGCCAUUAAAGCAGAGUCUGAGCUGGCUGCAGCGUCCUGGCCCUCUCUUACAGCACCUGGGCUGGCUGCAUCCGCACCCCCUGCGAAGCAGCAGAGCUCAGAGCCGCCUGGUUCCUGUGCCUGUCACCACGGCCCCCCCAGCAGCAGGGCCGUGGGCCCCACACACGCUGCUGACUCUGCGCCCGUCACAUUGCCACCCAGCACUGGGAUGCUGGGGGCUGAGUCAGCCCCCACUCCCGCCAGCCGCAUUGCAUAACGCGGAGCAGGUCGGUUGGCUGCCGCCAGCCCCACAUCCCCCAGCUUCCU